AUGUCAGAUCAACGAAGUACCGAGAUAAUAGGAACUUCUGUUACAUCUUCCUCCGGCCAUACUAUUACGAACAUGACUGUAAACUGCAAAGGUUGCUUUGAGUCUGCUCAUCUUUCCCAGAACUUCAUGUUGAGUAGACCUUUCAAUGAUGAUAUGGCAGUCGUAGACCACUCAGGUGUCUUUUCAGCAUUCGAAGAAGGCUGUGGUAACAUGCCUGCUAGUUUGAGGGAUCCUGGAUCUGAGAUGGACAGACUGGGCUUCUUUCCGCCUCCAACAGUGCCUGAGCUGUAUCAGCCGCCUUCUCCUUGUUGUGACACUGCCCCAUUUUUGGUGUCUACAGAAGAUACGACGGGAUUUGACAUUUCGGAGUCAAUAAGUAUUCCAGAGGACUCAUCAUGCAGCUGCUGUAGCAGCAUUGGCAGGUCGGAGAUUUCGUCAGCCCGCUUCUCCUCCAUCGGUCCCUCCACCGCCUCCCCUGCAGACAUGUCAACAGGAGGAACGAGCCCUGCAGAUAUUCCCAAAAUCUUGGCGUGUCAAUGUUUGAACCAAGCUCUUCAACUCUUGAAGAAAGUAUCCGGAUCAUUAUGGGCGUCUUCAACAGCCCCCGGCAGAGAGGAAUUAUGGACCCGCGUCAGUUCCAUUGAGACUCAGUCUCAGUGUAUCCAGGCGAUGCUGUCAGAAAAUAGACAGUGCCUGGGAGCCAUAGACAAUAUUUUGGCAUGCCCUAGCACUGAUAAGGACAGCAUGUUACCGGGGAUUCUCUGCAUGGUUCUCCUUAAGAUCUUGGACAGAUACUCGAAUAUGGCAUGGAGCCGACCACGGCUAUCUCAUAGGCGCAGCCGUGACACAGCCGAAGUUGGAUCAAACAUGAGCGGUUAUUUAAUAAUGGAAACUGGUCUAAUGACAUCAACUCUCCAUCUAGACACAUUUAUAUCAAACGAACAAGGGCAGACGCAACAUAUCCACCUUGACCGUGGUGCAUCUCAGCUCAGUGACGACGAGGAAUUCGGACGCGCCAUCUCCCAUCUUGUUCUUGGGGAGCUACACUGGGCGCAAAGAUUGGUGGACAAACUGAUGGCUAGGCUUAAAUGUGUUGACUGCUAUAAUGCAAGCCGUCCAACACAACAAAGCUGUCGCUGGGAAAACAGGCAACAAACGAUUCCGUUGCCGAUGGAGGAGCAUGCGGACCCUGGUCUAACAUCAUCUUUCUCAGCAGGGACUUUGGAGCACAUGGCCACUGACAUACAAAAGAGGCUCACCACAUUGUCCUCAGUUAUCCUUAAUCAGCUACGCCAAAGCUGA